CUUCCUCUUUGCUCUUUUAUUAUUAUUAUUUUUUUUUUUGACCUUUUGUCUUUUCUUCCGACUUUCCUUUGUACCCCUCUUUUCUUGCCUGCUGACCUACACAGACAACACACACACCAAUACAACACACUCUCCCUUCUUUCACUCCCUUCCCUUUUUACUUUUUACUUUCCUUAUUUUACGCCUUAUCUCAUCAUUACUCAUUAUCACUCUUUCUCCUUUCUCUCUCUUUGUUUUGUUUUUUUUUUCUUUUAUUACAAUCAAUCCAUCUCCCUUUCAUUUCUUUGUUCUCUUUCUCUCCUUCCCUUUCUCUCCCCCUCUCUCUCUCUCCUCCUCUUUUUCUCUCUUUUGGACGUGGGAUUGUGCGCAGCAUGGGAAACAGUAGCACAAAGGAAAAAGUAGACCAUAUUGACGGAGGUGCAUUGAUUCCUCACGGUGUCUACUCUGGUCCUCAGGAUUAUGACUUCCGGAUUGUACAACGGCUCAUACAACAACGCAAACUCGCACCUUUUUAUAAAGGCUUAGAGGACUGGGAUGAUAGUGAGGAUGCCCAAGAGGAAAAGGUGAAAAAGGCCACAAUGGGACAACCCUCUCAGAACAACCACAACACCAACACCCAUAACAAUAACAACAGCAAUCAUAACAGCUUUGCAACACGAGGUUCUCAUGGUUACAUGACAGAAUCUGAAAGGGACAUGAGACGACUAUACCAGGGUGCAAUCGAAUGUCCCAUCUGUUUCUUGUAUUAUCCUCGAAAUAUCAACCGCACGCGAUGUUGCGACAAACCAAUGUGCACUGAAUGUUUUGUACAACUCAAGCGCCUGGAGAGCGCACCGACUGAAUCACCCGCUUGUCCAUAUUGUGUUGAACCUCAUUUUGGCGUCAUUUAUUCCUCAUCCCUCCUUCCUAGUGGCUUCCAAUCCUUACCUGCAUCCUCGGCUGGAACGACGACUGUUGGCGGUACAUCCAUGUCAGUUUCUUUGUCUAACAAUUCCGUUGAACGAACCGAGUCCCAAAACCCAUCCUCACUCCCUGCUCGCCGCCGAAGCACUAGCCAUAAGAGUCCAGAGGUCGUGACUGCAGAUGAGAUUCGUCCCGACUGGAAUCGCAGGAUAUUAGUGGCAUCACAACGUCAGCCAGGAUCCAGAAGAGCAUCAACAUCAUCCUCGGUCUCCAAUGCAACAUUUGCAUUGGGCCGUCGAUUGGCUGGACAAAGAAAUGGAUCCAACUCGAGGCGAUCCAACUCCUCGGCUGCGGCAGCUGAUUACAGCGGAUAUUUGACUGCGAUGCGAAAUAUGGGCGCGGACCUUGAGGAGUUGAUGAUCAUGGAGGCUAUGCGACAAAGUUUACAGGAUGAGCAUGAUCGGCAGGCCAGAGAAGCUGCUGCCGCUAGUUCCAGUAAUGGAUCCACACCUUCGAGCUCACCAAAUGGUUCGAACACUACAGAUCCUUCCAGGCGGCCACAGGGGCGAGAUACUUUGAGAUCAGGUUCAAGUCGAAGAUCGCAAUCAGGAGCUGUUAUGACAUCCUCUCCAUUAUCAUCACCACCAGCCCCACCUUCAACAAUUUCAUCAUCAUCAACAGUAGCCCGUCCGCGGGCAUCCAGCUUGACGAGUGGUCCAAGCGACGAGGACCAAGAUGCAGAGAGCGAGACAGAUAGCGAUCAGGAUACACCUGGACUACUGCAUAACCGUGCGAUCCGAUUUGCGACAGUGACGCCUAUACCAGCCUCGUCUCUGGAAACAGGCGGUGGCAUGCCAAAGCACCGUCCGCAAGAAGAAUCUGCAACCGCCACCAGUUCUGCUGGGGCUGUUUAGGAAUGACAUAAUGGACGCCUCUGGAUGACGUUCUUUUCUUGCUCCCUCCCCUCCUUCCCCUCCUUUCCCUUUUCCCUCUCCUUUUCUCCCUCUCUCUCUUUCCUUUUUUUGUAAGAAAGCAUCCUUCAUAAAAAAAAAGUGACAUGGAGACGGAGUCUUGGAGUUUUUGAAUUAAGCUGGGGAUAGCAGAGAUGGCGUAUGUAUAUACUUUGACUCCAUUUUAG